ACAACAUCGUCUUCUUCACACCCAUCAUCACCAUCUUCCUCUUCCUCGUCUUCCUUGCCUACUCUAGCAACAAGACUUGCAGAGAAAGACAAAGAGAUGUUGCGUGAACGAUUCGAGCAAUUCACUCAAAGAAAUAAAGUAAACUUCUGGGUGCUUGAUGCAACCAAAGCACAAGCACGGAUGGAUGGCGCCAGUCCUUUGUCAGUAGAAGAAAAGGUUAUGAACUUCGCCUUGACAUGUAACUUCUACUACCCUUCUCAGUCGCUUAUUCUGGAUUUGACAGAUAACAACUGGAACGACGUCUUCACCAGAGAUGAACUGGAGGAAGUAAACAAAGAGGGAGGUUCACUUGUGUGCCACGAGCCCGAGGAACUUAACCGCGAAUUUGCUGGUUUAAGAAGGGUGAAAACAAGUGUUGGCGCUUACCAGUAUGCAAGAGCGAUCGAAAUCAAUGAUCCUGUUAUAGAACAUUUGAAAGUUUGGAUGUCGCGAGAGCUACAAAAUAUAGCUCAUCUUUUUUUCGAAUCGCACUCAUUUAACAUCGCUGGCAUGCCCGAAACAGACCAGCAAUACAUAGCUUUUGGCUUUUUUAACAGCAUUUUUGUUGGAUCCGACAUCGUAGCAAGAGGUACCGAGAACUCAAGCGAAGCCAAUGCUAACGUUAUUAACUCGUCUCGCCAGUUGUCGUCCGUCACCGCAAUCAACAAAAGAAAAAUGGGUCGCCGAUGUGACACCAUAUACAAGUAUGGAGCGAGAGAACUUGGCUGCUGUGAAGUUGGAGCAGCCAAGGAUCAAUCCAAGGUGUUCCGCGAUUGCUUGCUGAAAAUGCCUCUGGUGUUGAGAGAUAUGUUACUGCAAUUAACAUACACUCCAAGUCUGCUCCAUAAAUCUCACGUAAUCGGAUAUAGCAUUACUGGUAUAUAUAACUUUUAUAUCGAAUUUGUGGACAAAAGUGCUAGUUUAUAUAUGAAGCAUCUAUUAACUUGA